ACUGUUUUAUUGUUCCCUUAAAGAUAUUUUCAGUUUGUCUCUUGGUUGUGUUUUAGAUAUUUUAAAAAACGCACUGUUUUGUUCGCGAUUUACUAUGAUUGCCGGAAUGAAAGCAGUAAGGAAAUAGCGACGGGCUCGAAAACACCAGUCGAGCUGCGCCGCAUAACUAGCUAAUGGCAGAAGAAAAUGACGUCAUCCACACGGGGUCUCCCAAGGAAACGGCGGAAGGAGGCGGGUUUCCCAUAGCGCCGCCGCCCAUCUACACCUGCACACUGACCCCUGAACUGGUGGCUAAGGCGCGGGAAGAGCUACAAGAGAAGCCCGAAUGGCGUCUACGUGACGUCCAGGCCCUGAGGGACAUGGUCCUCAAGGACCAGCCCAACCUCAGGACCCGGCUGGAUGACGCCUUUCUCCUCCGCUUCCUCCGUGCCCGGAAGUUCGACUACGACCGGGCGCUGCAGCUGCUGCUGAACUAUCACAUGAGUCGCCGGGCUUGGCCUGAGGUCUUCCACGACCUCCGACCUUCCACCAUCAAGCACGUGCUGGACCGAGGCUUCCUUACUGUUCUUCCGCAGCCAGACCCCCACGGCCGAUAUAUCCUCUGCAUCCGACCCGGAAAAUGGAAGCCAAACGACUACCCCUUUGUCGACAAUAUCCGUGCCAUUUACUUGACGCUGGAGAAACUGAUCCAGGCCGAGGAGACCCAGGUCAAUGGGGUGGUGAUCCUGGCAGACUACAGUGGGGUGGGACUCUCACAUGCCUCCAGUAUUGGCCCCCUGCUUGCCAAGAAGAUCGUGGGCAUUCUCCAGGAUGGAUUUCCGAUUCGGAUAAAAGCGGUCAACAUAAUCAACGAGCCCCGGAUUUUCAAGGGAAUCUUCGCCAUCAUUAAGCCGUUCCUGAAGGAGAAGAUGGCAGAAAGGUUCAUACUUCACGGUUCGGACCUGAACUCCUUGCACCGGAACAUCCCCAGCUCCGUGCUUCCCGAGGAGUACGGCGGUGCGUCCGGCCACUUCGACGCCUCCUUGUGGUCCAAAGCUCUGUUGGACGCCGAGGUGGAGUUUGUGGUGGAGUUCUGCCAGCCCGAUCCUCUAGAGGGCGUCGUUCUCCCGGACUCCAUGCUGUUUGAGGGGGAACAAGGCACUACCCAGUGUGAGGACACCUAUAGAGGCCUUCGCUCCCAACUCUACUACUGCUACUGACCCGGAGUACGAGGAGUGGUACUGCUUCUUCUUGAGAUGUUAUGUCUUUUCAAUUCAGCCAGCUGGACGAUAUUCAUAUUCAUAUCAAUAUUUUAAUGGACACUGUAGCUCCUUUGAUUGCCUUCCGUAAGUUAAUUCUCUGACAUACACGCAUGUAGUUUUAGUACUGGCCUGUAAUGUGCUCUGGGAACAGUGAAAGCUCCUUGGCUCCCUACUGAUCUCAAGGCAGAUCUCAAGGUCAUCGAAGAUAUUCUGCAGGAAAGACGACUGUGGCUGUACCUCUUACCCUGCUCCGUUACUUUUUUGGGGAUGGUAGGGAUAUAGUCUCGUGAUGUAGCCACCCAGCCUGGGAGAAACACGGCCCAGAAUGUCUCGGAAUAAUACUCGCAAGCAAUAACUUCAGCCUGCUGUUUUCAAACUGUGUUAGGGUUAGUAACCUACAAAGGGAGAGCCAUACCUGCGCGAUAGAGCUGCAUUCCGUUCCCUGAAAAACAUCUACCGAGUUUUUUUUUUUUUUUUAUUGUCCCUGGGAUAUGUUCUCCCGACAGCUGUAAAAUAAUUUUUAGAUCAAAUAGUUAUGAUCUGCCUCUUCUCCUGCACGUGUGCUGCAGGUCGGAAAGGGUUUGCCGGUACAUGACAAGUCCAGAAGUGGUUGGGGUUAAAGCUUUAAGAAUUUGCAUAAAGUUAAGGUAUUGGCAUCCCUCUGCUCCCCCCAGGCGACCCCUGGUCAGGAUAAGAGGUUGGAAGGCCGGUGGGUAAAGUUUAGUUACUCGUACAGUAGCACAAUGGAGUAAUAGUAUUUUACUGUUUAUCCUAAGGAUGUCACAUGGAAGUGUCAUUUCUUAGCUGGAAUUAAGAUGGAUCUUAAUUUGAUUUUUUCAUAAUAAUUUUGCUGUCACAGUUACUCUCCUCUUCCUGUCCAUAAAGAUAAAUGGACUCCUCAGUUAUUAAAAAAAAAAGUCUGUUUGGUCAUGUCAAUGCCAAAUAAUAGUUUAAAGUUUGAAAUAUGAGUAGGAAGCCUGCUUGCUAAGGUUACUUAAUAAGUUUCUACCUUAAGUACUGUGAAGUUCUUAUUUUCUUUGUUAGAAGUGUCCAUACAGCCAUUGUUGCUUUAUUUCGCAUUUUGCGUAGCUGUUCCGUCUCAUUAAUUAAUCUUCAGAGCUUUUGCUUAGAAUAAAUGAAGUAGAUCUGAUUUUGAUUGAAGUUUCGGGUCUGAUUAGGCUAUAAGAAAGAACCAAAAGAUGAAAACCCAGAUCAAAAAAUGUAGUCAGUGAGGUGACAGUGUACGAAGAUUUAAUUAUCCAUGUAUACACUAAUAUAUGUCAGCCUUUGCCAAAAUAUAUUUGAAAGCAAUGUGGAAGUCAAACAUUGCUUUGUGAAAAUUUGUAGAUACUUGUAUAUAUAGGUGAAAUGGUUUAUUUCAUUAUUCCAGGUCAGAUUUUAAUUUGAUGUUUUCCAUUGUAUUUUUAAAUUGUGCUCCAUUUUAUAUUAUUCAUGUUAUAUUAUUCUAUGAUUCAUGUAAAUUGAUUCAUGAUUGCAGUACGAUGAUAUUUUGUGUCAGGUAACACAAGGGUAAGCAUGUAAUAAACCAUUGAAAAAAUA